GUUUUACAGGUAUUUGAGGAUCCAUGCUGACAUGUAACUAGGAAUGUGUGAAAAUUUGACAGACCGGUGGCAUGUUGGAGAUAAAUGCCUUGCUCCUCUUCAUGAAAAUGGGAAGCUUUGUGACGCUACAAUAACUUCCUUUGAAACAGAUGAGAAUGGGAAUUUUUUUGCAGUUGUUUCUUUUGCGGGAUCUCAAGAGAAGAAAAUAUUAGUAACAAAACUUUGUAGAAUCAGAACUAGUAAGGAUGCACAGAAGAACUUAAUAUUUGAUGAUGAAGAUUUGGAGAAACCUUAUUUUCCUGACAGAAGGCUUCCUUCGCCUGCAGUUGCCUUUGAGUUAUCCAAGGAUGGAGAUCAGAUCCCUUAUACAAUUAACAGAUACCUACGUGAUUAUCAAAGGGAAGGGGCCCAGUUUUUAUAUGGACACUACAUUCGUAAAAGUGGAUGUAUUCUUGGAGAUGACAUGGGCCUUGGGAAAACAAUACAGGUUAUUUCAUUUCUAGCUGCUCUGCUUCAUAAAAAGGGGACGCGUGCAGAUAUCGAAAAUAACAUGCCUGAAUUUUUGCGAAGGACAAUGAAAAAAGAAAUGCCAUCAGUUCUGAAAAAAACUUUCCUGAUUGUGGCACCCCUUUCUGUGCUGUAUAAUUGGAAAGAUGAAUUGGAUACCUGGGGCUAUUUCAAGGUUAUAGUUUUACACGGCAAUAAAAAAGACUAUGAAUUGAAUCGCAUCAAGCAGGGAAAAUGUGAGAUUGCACUAACAACAUAUGAAACACUUCGCCUUUGUCUGGAUGAGUUUAACAGCAUAGAGUGGUCAGCUGUCAUUGUAGAUGAAGUGCACAGAAUCAAGAAUCCAAAAGCUCAAAUAACUCAGACAAUGAAGGCUCUAACAUGUAAAAUUCGUCUGGGACUUACUGGGACAAUUCUGCAGAACAACAUGAAGGAACUUUGGUGUGUCAUGGACUGGGCUGUACCAGGGCUUUUGGGUAGUGAAGCAGGCUUCAAGAAGAAAUUUUCUGAUCCAGUAGAGCAUGGCCAGAGGCACACCGCAACUAAAAGAGAGUUAGCCACAGGUCGAAAGUCAAUGCAGAGGCUAGCUCAAAAAAUGUCUGGCUACUUCUUAAGGCGUACAAAGGCGCUUAUUAAUGAUCAGUUGCCAAAGAAGGAAGACAGAAUGAUAUACUGUUCUCUGACAGAAUUCCAGAGAGCAGUUUAUAAGGCCGUAUUGGAGACAGAGGAUGUAGACUUAGUCCUACGAGCACGUGAAUCCUGUAGUUGCAACAGUGGCAACAAAAGGAAGAAUUGUUGUUACAAAACAAAUGCUCAUGGUGAAACGAUGAAGGCGCUGUACUUCAGUUACUUGGCAGUCCUUCGUAAGAUUGCUAAUCACGCUGCACUGUUACAAACAGACAGUGCUAGCAAACAGCAGGAGGCCCACAUCACAAGAGUCUGCAGUCAAGUGUUUUCAAAAUUUCCUGAUUUUGCGCAACUUAGCAAAGAUGCAGCCUUUGAAACUAUUUCUGAUCCAAAGUAUAGUGGGAAGAUGAAGGUCCUUCAGAAACUUUUUAAUCACUUCAGAAAAAACAAGGAUAAAGUGCUUCUUUUUUCCUUUUCAACCAAGUUGCUUGAUGUUCUGGAACAAUAUUGCAUGGCAUCUGGGCUAGAUUACCGAAGACUCGAUGGAAAUACAAAGGCAGAGGACAGGGUCAAGAUAGUAAAAGAGUUCAACAGCAUGGAAGAAGUUAACAUUUGCCUCGUUUCUACAAUGGCUGGUGGACUGGGACUCAAUUUUGUUGGUGCUAAUAUUGUUAUACUGUUUGACCCAACAUGGAAUCCAGCUAAUGACCUUCAAGCCAUUGACAGAGCAUACAGGAUUGGUCAGUGCAGAGAUGUGAAAGUAUUUAGGCUGAUCUCUCUGGGGACUGUGGAGGAGAUGAUGUACUUACGACAAGUUUACAAACAGCAACUGCACUGUGUGGUGGUGGGCAGUGAAAAUGCGAAGCGGUACUUUGAGGCAGUGCAAGGAUCAAAAGAACACCAAGGAGAACUUUUUGGUAUCCAUAACCUUUUCAAGCUUCAGGACCAUGGAUCCUGCCUUACAAAAGAAAUUCUGGAGAGGGAGGGCCAAGUGGAAGCUGGUGUCAUGACAGCUACUACGUGGUUGAAAGAGGAACCCCAGCCGCAUGGGAUCGAAACGCAUGCAGAAUAUGGUUGUGAAGAUCAAGACACUGUUAGUCCCAAGGAACUAAUGGAAAAGGAAGGGUUUGAUUGUGACUUCAGCGAUGAGGAGCCUGUGAGAAAUUCUAAGGUGAAAGCAGAAAGAAACAGAUCUUGCAAAGCAAAAAAUACCAAAGUUCUGCAGGGACAACUUACUUUAAUGCAAUGUGGAUUUCCUAAACUUCUAGAAAAGAGAACCAAAACAGCUGAGGAUGACAUUUGCAUUGGUACCUCCAGUGAUGAAAGUGUUAGCAAAUCUGUGGGACAAACAUCCAAAAGAAGCUCCCAGAGUUGUAAUUCUUUGCAAACUGAGGACCGCUGUCGUGUUUCAGAACAUCCGAGAACCUCAGUAUCACCUUUCAGAAUUGAAAAACAAGAGGCGCACGGCACAAUUGCAAACUGUGAUUAUCCUGCUUCACCACAUUAUGAGGAAGAAAAGGAUAUUGGAAAUAAAUACAAAGAUAAGCAUUUUUCAAAUCAAAUUGGGGUAGUUAUGGAGACUGAAGAAAGUUCAACAGAAAGUGAUGAUAUUAUUUUUUCUUCCCAAGCUCCUACUGAUCGGGAAUAUGUUAAAAGCUAUAAAGAAACAACAAUGAACCAUGACUAUUUAGGUACAGAAAGAAGGCCCAUGCUCUCACCACUGCAAAACCAUUUGACUUCUGAGAAGAGUUAUCGGAGUGUUUCACCUUUCAGUAAGAUAAAACCAUUUGCAAAUACCAAAAAUAUCACAGCUGUGAAAGAAGCAAGUGACAUUAGUGAUGAGUCUGAUGAUAUACCCACAUCAGGAAAAAAGGAAUUCACCAGCACUGUGAAACAAAAAAGAUUAUAUAACAAAAAACUCGACAACACCUCCAGAAUUGUUCAGCAUAGGAGGCAUUCAAGCUUGAAAGAAAGCAAUGUUGACUCUCAGAAUAUAGAGGAGUUUUCAUCACCAGAGGACAACUUUUCAAUUAGGAAGGUUGAUGUUAAUAAGCAAAAACAAAUGCUAAAAAGUGAUAGGCGUAGAAUUCAAUUUGUCUCCAAAUCCCUGAGAUCUGCCAAUCAUCCCUCUCGGUCACUGAGAAAACGAAGUAGGUACCAGAGUUCUUUCAACAAGCAAACAUUUGCAAGCCAAGGACAAAAAGUGGGAUCACUGGACAGACUUCUUGAUGAUGUUGCUGAAGUGUCGUACAUUCAUUCAAACCAAAAUGUGGUUGGUUCAAGCAAGGCUGAAAAUCAGAUGAGUCGGUGGGCAGUGCGAGACGUGUUUGAACUGCAGCAGUUUUCCCAACUCCCUGCAAAUAUAACAGUAUGCCGAGCCAAGAAAGACAGAAAGAAUCGAGAAGAAACUUCAUCAAGGAGGAAGAGUACCAAUAAGGAUAAUUCAGGAAGUGUAAGCAGCAAGCCCUCAGUUCUUUAUAUUACGCAUCCUGUAUGCCAGAAGCAGAAGAGGAUCCACCGAAUUGGCUCAUUUACCUUCCUCCUUGGAAAGACACCCCAAAGAAUCCGCAGGGAACAAUUUGAAGAAAUGGCAUCUCAUUUUCGUAAGAAUCCAGUAGAAGAACUUGCAACAUAUAUUGCCAAGGCUACAUCAGAAGAGAGACAGAAAAUGUUGCAAGACUUUUAUGGUGCAAAAUAUCCACAGUUAAAGGACGUAUUGAAAUGUGAUGUUCCAGAAAGGAGUGGGGAAGGAGUUGUGCAUAGAACCCAGUCCAGAAGAAGAAAGCCCAUUUCUAAACAUAGAAAAUCAAAAUCGGAGCCUUCAACAGAUCUCUGUGGCCAAAAAAGACAAGAUGCAGAAGCAAAGCAAUUUCAGUUCGAUCCUUGCAUACAGGCUGCUGCGUGUCAUAACGUGGAAGAUAAACAAUUGCCCACUGUCAUUACCCAAGAUAGCAUUAGAGGGAGAAACAGUCAGGCAUUCAAAGACUUUAUGGCAUCUGACUCAUUAAGCAGUAAAUCAGGACUAAUUGAGGGGCUGUCUGCAAAUACUACUAAAGGACAGCCAAACUUGAAGGGGACAGAGUCGCCAAGAAAACCUUUUCUGUCUCAGUCGGAAAGCAGACAGGCUCAAAUAUGCAACAAAAACUCUUUUGCAGACUUACUAGGAGACACCUCCAUUUUAAAUGACCUCUUCAAAAGUAAUGGGAAUAGACCGACAGAGCUGCCCAGGAGGUCUCUUUCUGGGCCUGUGGAAAAAGCAAAAACUCGACCAAAAGACUUCUGGGACAUGCUGAAUGAACAAAAUGAGGAGAGUUUCCAAAAACUCACAGACACGGCAAUCAUAGAGAAGCUGUGUGAAAAAGCUCCUCUUACCACUUUGUCCAAGAAGAAAGAAGAGGACGAGAAGUCACUUUGGAUGAAAAAUGACAAUUUUUUAUGGAAAAGAUAUAAUACAACUAACUCAGAUGAUGAAUCAUCAUCUGGCACAAGAUGUGAUGUCUAAGUAUUGAGAAAGCAAGAAGAGAAUAUCCACAGGUGCUACAAAAUAUUACUCUUCAUUUUCAGAACUGGCAUAAUACAUUUCAAGCUUCUUUAAUGC